GGGAAUCCCGGGGCCGAGCGUCUGGUCUCUGCGGAUCUGCAGGGGCGGCUCGGAUUUUUCCUGUGGCUGCAGCUGGGAAGCUGAUCCCGGGCAGGAAGCGGUGGCGGGACGGUCCCACCGGGAGGGGGAGGGCUGCCGGUGCUGGGGUUUUCUGCGGCUCCCUGUCUGCCCUCCUCCCCAUUCCCGACCCGGAGACCGGUCCUGUUACUACAGGCCGGAUCUCCGCUUCCCCGCUCCACUGCGGUCCCCCUGCUUCUCCCUUCGUGAGAGCGGGGGCCGCGUCUGGUCGGCGCCGAGAGAGGUGGGGGCACGAAUAAGCUGUGACCAUGACUACUGAAGUGGGCUCCGCAUCUGAAGUGAAGAAAGAAUCUGACCAGUUAGGAGCAGACGCAACCAAGGAGAAACCGAAAGAAGUAGCAGAAAAUCAGCAGAAUCAGACAUCUGAUCCAGAGGAGGAAAAAGGUUCCCAGUCAUCUCCUCCAGCUGAAAGCCAAAGUAGCCCACGCCGCCAGAAGAAAGAGAAAGAUCCAUCUGAGAGCCGGGGGAUUUCUCGAUUCAUACCCCCUUGGCUUAAGAAACAAAAGUCCUAUACCUUAGUAGUGGCCAAAGAUGGAGGAGAUAAAAAAGAGCCUACCCAACUUGUGGAAGAACAGGUUUUAGACAAGGAGGAAUCUCUUCCUGAAGAAGAAAGGCAGGCCAAGGGUGAUGCUGAAGAAACAGCUCAGAGAAAACAACAGGAGAUUAAGGUUGACGUCAAGGAAGAGAAACCUCUGCAGCUUGUUGAAGAAGUAAGUAAGGAGAGAGAAGAAGAGAAGGUGAAGGAAAUACAGGAAGCAGAAUUUUUGGAUGAAGCAGCAAAAAGGGAGACAAAGGAAGUGCAGACCAAUGAGCUAAAAGCAGAGAAGGCCUCUCUGAAAGCCCCCAAGAAGACCAAAACUGUCCAGUGUAAAGUGGCCCUCCUGGAUGGCUCUGAGUACAGCUGCGACCUGGAGAAACGUGCGAAGGGGCAAGUGUUAUUUGACAAAGUGUGUGAGCAUCUCAAUCUCUUGGAAAAGGACUACUUCGGACUUGUGUUUCAGGAGAACCCUGAGCAGAAAAACUGGCUAGACCCUGCAAAAGAAAUAAAGAGACAGCUGCGAAGUCUUCCUUGGCUGUUCAGCUUUAAUGUGAAGUUUUAUCCUCCUGAUCCUUCUCAGUUGACUGAAGAUAUCACCAGAUACUUCUUGUGCCUUCAGCUCCGGCAGGACAUUGCCUCAGGUCGCCUGCCCUGCUCUUUCGUGACUCACGCCCUCCUGGGAUCUUACACGCUGCAGGCUGAACUUGGGGACUAUGACCCAGAAGAGCAUGCCAGUCAUGACCUCAGCGACUUCCAAUUUGCCCCCACCCAGACAAAAGAGCUGGAAGAGAAGGUGGCAGAGCUGCAUAAGACCCACAGGGGCUUAUCUCCAGCACAAGCUGAUUCUCAGUUCUUAGAAAACGCCAAGAGGCUUUCCAUGUACGGCGUUGACCUGCACCAUGCUAAGGACUCAGAAGGUGUGGACAUCAAGCUGGGUGUAUGUGCUAAUGGACUCCUCAUCUACAAAGACAGGCUGAGAAUCAAUCGCUUCGCUUGGCCGAAAAUCCUGAAAAUCUCCUAUAAGCGCAGUAACUUCUACAUUAAAGUUAGGCCGGCAGAGCUGGAACAGUUCGAGAGCACCAUUGGCUUCAAGCUGCCAAACCAUCGGGCAGCAAAAAGGCUAUGGAAGGUGUGUGUGGAACACCAUACUUUCUACAGGCUUGUGUCUCCAGAGCAGCCACCAAAGGCCAAGUUCUUGACCUUAGGGUCCAAAUUCCGCUACAGUGGCCGUACACAGGCGCAGACCCGCCAGGCCAGCAGCCUGAUUGACCGGCCGGCGCCACACUUCGAACGCACUUCUAGUAAACGGGUCUCCAGGAGUCUAGAUGGAGCUCCGAUUGAUGCUGUGGACCAAAGUCUUAUGAAGGAUAUUCCUGGCCCUGCUGGGGAGGUUUCAGCACAAGGCCCUGGAGUUGUGAGCACUGCCGUGGUACAAGAUGGUAAUGGCAGAAGGGACCUGAGAAGCCCAGCUAAAGCCCCGCAUAUGCCGCUCAUUGAAGGAAAGAAAAAUUCCUUGAGAGUAGAAGGAGAUAAUAUUUAUGUCAGACAUAGCAAUUUAAUGUUGGAGGACCUGGAUAAGGCCCAGGAAGAAAUACUGAAACACCAGGCUAGCAUUAGUGAACUCAAGCGCAAUUUUAUGGAAUCCACACCUGAACCACGCCCUAAUGAAUGGGAAAAACGACGUAUCACACCUCUGUCCCUACAGACACAAGGGAGCAAAGGAGACCAUCUUUUCAAGGAUGUUUUAUCCAUGAAGGAGAAGCAUCAGAUGGUGGCAGCGCGGACAGUUGAAGAAAAGACCCAGGAGGCAGACAAGAGACGUGCUCCUGAGUCCGAAGGGCCUUGCGCCGGAGCCACUGAUGCUGUUAAGAGUUCACUUGAGACUCUGAAUGUAGUGGAGGAGAAGAAGCAGGCAGAGGUUGGGAAAGACGAAAGAGUAAUCCCCGAAGAAAUGAACGGUAAAGAGCUGUCCCCUGGGCGUGGUCCUGGGGAGAUGCGGAAGGUGGAGCCAGGGAUGCAGAAAGACUCCACCUCCCUGUCUUCUGAGAGCAGCAGCAGCAGCAGCGAGAGCGAGGAGGAGGAGGACGUGGGGGAGUACCGGCCCCACCACCGGGUGACUGAGGGCACCAUCAGGGAGGAGCAGGAGGAGGACGAAGAGGAGGUGGAGGAGGCACCCGGCCAAGCAGCCAAGGUAGUAGACAGGGAGGACCCAGUGCCAGCAGCCAGCCCAGUCACACACGCAGGGGCCAGUGUCGGCCCAGUAGAAACAGUGCCCCAGGAAGAGGUAGUGGCCCCCCAGAUCCCUGCCGAGAAGAGUGUAAACGAAGGCGCUGUUAAGCAAGACGCCGGCGAAGAAACAGAGGAGGAGCUGCAGAAGGUUAACGGAGAGGUGGCUCAUGUUGACACUGAUGUUUUGCCACAGAUUAUUUGUUGUUCAGAGCCACCAGUGGUAAAAACAGAGAUGGUAACAAUUUCUGAUGCCUCACAAAGGACAGAAAUCUCCACCAAGGAAGUCCCUAUUGUCCAAACGGAGACCAAAACCAUCACAUAUGAGUCUCCACAGAUUGAUGGCGGGGCUGGUGGUGACUCAGGCACGUUACUGACUGCACAGACCAUCACAUCUGACUCCGUGUCGACAACAACAACCACACACAUCACCAAGACUGUAAAAGGUGGAAUAUCUGAAACAAGAAUUGAGAAACGCAUCGUGAUCACAGGAGAUGCAGAUAUUGACCAUGACCAGGCACUGGCCCAGGCCAUCAGGGAAGCCAGGGAGCAGCACCCCGACAUGUCGGUCACAAGGGUGGUGGUGCACAAAGAAACCGAGUUGGAGGAGGGGGAAGAGUAAGAAAUUCAUUUUAUAGACAACAUUCAACUUUGUGAACCUGAAGAAUUUUGACCAUUCCAAGUCUUAAUGCCACACCACUGCUCCAGCGAAUUUAUACUACCACUGGUUACAAUGGCCAGAAGCCUGAAGAAUUAAAAUGCCAACACCAAACCUUACCUUAACAGCUCUGGUCUAUACCAUUCCCUCGCAUUUUAAUAUAUUGUUUUGUUUUAUAACCACUUCUAAAUAUUAUUUCUUUUCUUUCCUUUUUUUUUUCAGUUAGAGAGUUUUUUUGUUUGUUUGUUUCCUGUUUACUUUGUGUACAACUACCUGCUUUUUGUGACUCAUUUUGAUCAAAUGAUAGUGAACAAAGCCAGCCACAGCUGGUACGGUGCUGUUCACUGGAACAGGUGCUGUUGUGCGGAAAGGAGACUCUGUGACUAAUUUUGAUAGUGGCUUUCCUUCUUCCGGAUGCUUCCCAUUGGGUUCUUAGAAGUCAAUAUUUACAGAGUUUUCAGUUUGCGGUAAAUACACUGUAUGAGAAAAUGUUAAUGCAGAUUUAAAAGUGUUUCUUACAUUAUGAAAAUUUUCUAAGGUUUUGAAAAUUUCACUGGGGCUAUUUUUUGAUAAUGAACCCUUUUGACUUUCCAGUCCUGUGACUUUUUACUUUGGGGCAGAAAGUCCAGGAAUCUGCAGACUGGAGAACUAUGAUGAAGUUCACUGACCAACGCACUGUGUUCAGAGACCCUUGUCGCACCACAGUGCCGAUCCUUCUCAGACACGGGCUCUUCGGCAGCAUUCCAGAAACAGGAGGGGAGAGACAGCGAUUUCUUCCCUCCUACUAAAAUAUUCAGGCAGCUUAAAAACCUUAGUGCUUUCUUUCUUAACAUGUCCAAAUUUCCAUACUUUCCAUUAUUUGAACACUUGUGUAGAACACUUGGCUUUGUAUUAAACCCCCUUGUCUCCAUGUAAAAACUGACCUUUUGUUUAUCAAGCAGGUGUUAUCUCUUUCAGAUAGCGUGAUGAUUCACAGGUGUGAGGAUGCUGGGAUGGAGGAGUAGGGCCAUGGUGGGGGUUUUUUUUGACAGUUGUAAGAAAGUUACACCAGUAAAGCUGAUGCCAGGAGACCUGAUAGGGACGUAUUAACUGUAUUGAACAUUCUUUCCUUUGCUUUGCCCCCAUGUAUAGUUAUGAUGCCAGAUUAGAUUUCUAGCAGCUUCAAGUUGUAUUAAAUGAUAUUUUGCUUUCUGUAAUACUGUUAUAAAAUAAAGUUUGUUUAUUCUCUAAA